AUGCAACGCCUGUGUGAUGAAGUCAUCGAAUUGAUCUUCUACGAGCUUGACGACCCGACCGCUUUGACGCUCACUUCCAAACACUUUCAUAAUGUGUCCCAAGACCCCUACGUUCGAGCCCACUACUUUCUCAACCGUUAUGGCCGCAUGGAUGCUAUGUUUUGGGCUUUAGGAAGAGGGAAGAUCAUGUCCGACAAAGUCAUCGACAUCCUAAUCAGUAGUGGCGCAUAUGUAUCCAGAUAUCUUGUCCAAGUCGCCAUACACCAUUAUUUUAGGUCUGCAAAUCAUUUCAUAAAGACCGCAUGGGUUCGCAACAUGUCGAUUCCCGUUUUCGCUCAUUUCAUGAAGGUUGCUUGCGGGUUGUUCGAUGAAGUACCGUUGGGAAAGAAUGAAGAUGACGGUUAUUUCUUCGCUGUGUUUUUAAAGGAGAGUAGGCUUCCACCAGAUAUGAAGAGUACAAAGUGGGAGACGGUGCGAGAUAUUUUUGGCAAGUAUAAGUUUAUCCCGUUCAGCAUGAAGGACCCCCUUAUGGUGCAGUUACCGAUUGCUCUCGCUAUCGAGCCAAGAUUGCUUCCCUAUGCUGAAGCCAAUGGAUUUCACAUGGACACCAAGUACCGCGACUUCGUCUUCCGUAAGAUGUUUGAGAAGAUGGCGCUCAACAACGGUGAACGGUCCGAUGACAUUCUCAGGAAUGUACGCGAGCUGCGGCGUCUUGAUGCUAGGAUGUUCCUGAGUCGCACAGUAGCAGCUGAAAUCUGCAUGGAAUCAAAGAGCAAUGAGUCGGCUUACCGUGCACUUAAGAUCCUCGAUCGCACCAAGGAACUCCUAUUCGAUCUCUCGUACCUAUUUGUCAACACUCGUUCUAUCACUUCCGCCUAUACCAUCAACGUUCUCAGACAUCUAUAUGCCGAUUUUCCUAGUACAGAUCCAACAGUCCGCAUUGUCAUGCUCCUCACAGCAUGUUUGUCGGAUAAUGUCCUGGUCCAGCCAAACCCCUCAGGUACACUGAAGAGCAAAUUAGAACCCCUGGGUCUACUCCCGUUGACGAGGAGGGAUAUUGUGGACAUCUUAACCAAUCCAUUUGUUGAGAAACAUUCAGCUCUUGUUGACUUCGCGAAGGACGAGAUGAGUCUCAGUUCGAAUGAUAUCAAAGACAUCCUUCAAGAAGUUGCUGUGAAGUGCCUUAAGAUUGGCAGUAAGGGGAAGACGCUCAAGAAACUCGUUGACUGUCAUCCAUAUCUUCAUGCGGUAUUGCAAGAAAAUGCGGUUCAGUGUUAUGCGAUAAACUUGGACGAUCUUCCAUCGUAUGACGACGAAGAGGCAUGCGCUACAUAUGAAGCCCCACUAUGUAGAGAUUUCAACACCAGCUCGAAAGCCACACGGAAUAGCUCUGGGGCUGCUGGCCUUCAUUCGGCAGAGCCGAACGCUUCGGGAGAUGCAAUUGCUACAAAUGGUCGCGAGAUGGACGAGGAUGAAAUUGGGAAUGAAGGACUUGUUCAAGCUGAAACCGGGAACACGUCAGAAUUGGGGAUCAUCGGUCAAGACACAUUGUCCUCUAUGAUUCGACAGGACGAAAUGGCUCCCACACGUUCUCGCAGGCGGUCUUUCUAUUUCAGCUACUUUGGAUCUGACACCACCGGAAAGCUCGGGUACCCAACAGACUUCAUUCCAGUUGGUCGAUGGGUCAAAGAACGAUAUCCGGUCCGAAGUGCGAUGGCUGCUACGUUCCUGACACACGCCGUGAUCAACAAUAACACUACGCUUCUUCAUGUAUUUUUCACAUGCAAUACCCCCUCAACUAACUAUGUUUCAACAUCACAACAUGUACCUGUAACACUCAAGCAUUUCAGGCUACUUGCACGCCUUGGAAAAGCACCGAACUGGUGUUUGUACCACGAGAUUGAGAACGGCGCCGAGUUUUAUUUUUCUGAAGAAGACUAUCUUUCGAAGCAACCACCAGCAACGGAACCGAAGCGGUGUAGCAAAGUGAAAGUGAAGUCGAAGGAGACUAGCCCCACCAUCUCUCGUUUAUCUACCCAGGCCGGUCCGUCGAAGGUUCAAGUUUCUCCACGCGCCACUAAACGGAGACCGCGGCGCUCUGCGGCCGCUGUCAUGUCUUAUGUCAUCCCAGAUUCUGAUGAUGAAGCUAUCGUCGAGGAUGAUGACGAAAAUGCCGUUGUCGUCCUCAUGACAAUGCAGGCAAAGAAGCGGAAGGUAGAGUCAAAUCUACAACGGUGGGUCAAGCAUCUGUCAGUGUUGCUGGCCGAGGAACAGAAAAAGUACAAGGAAAAACGCAAGCGUCUUGAGAAGAGUGCACCUCCCGAGGGAAGACGUCGCGUUGCAAAGAGCGAGUUUCAUAAAUCAUUGAUGGUCAAUCUUCGCUCUCUACGGAAACUUGACCUAGAUAAGCGGAAGCAACUUUAUGGCCCAGACGCAGCGGAAGAUGAUUACUUCACCGAAGAUGAUGGUGAUGAUGAAUAUCGGGAACGGACAACACGCGCUAACAAGAGGCGCCGUGUGACCACGUAG